AUGGAUAAAACCCUGUGUGAACAAUUUGAUACAUUGAGAAACUAUUUACCCGAUGACUUAGAAAACUAUGAAUCAGUCGAUUUUAAUCAAAAUCAGGAUAUUAAGGAUUACUGCUCUAAUGAAGAGUCAGAGGAUACAGAAUGUAAGACUGAUCUCGAUAAAAUAAAUGCUGGAUGCUUAUGGUUGUUUGAGCAAUUGUUUCUGAAAAAUAAAAAAAGUAAUAUCAAUAAUGUCGGAUAUAUUAUCAUAUGGUUAAGUUAUAAACUAAAUCAAAAGACGUAUGACGGAAUCAAGGACCUAAAUGAUUUUUACAAAACAAGUAUAGAAAAUAAUAGGCAUUAUACUAAUUGUAAACAAAGUGGUCAAGAUUGUAGUACGUCAUUACAAGAUAAUACGGGAUAUACAAAUUAUAAGGAAAUCAUAGAUGGAAAAAAGAAAUUGUUGAGUACUAAUAUCGGAAAUAUGUCUAAAAUUUAUGAUGCAUUUAAACUAUUAUGUAACAUAUAUACUGAACUUGGUGGAAGCAACACAGAAAAUAAGACAUAUUUAGAAAAUGCUAGUAAAUUUGUUAAAAAAUAUAAUGAACUUAAUGACGAUUCUGAUAAUACUGAAGAUGACGCCUAUUAUCAAGUAUUGUCUACAUUAUCAAAUGAUUAUAUUAAUUUAAAACAUUAUUGUGAUAGUAAUACCGUUGAUUGUAACAAAAUUCCAUCCCUUAUACCGACAGAAACAGAAGAAAAUGGUAUGCAAAGUUCUGAAGAGAGUUGUGAUGGUACAUCAAGCUUCUCGAUAGUAAAAAAAUUAAUUCUAGCUUUAUCAAUAUUCAGUGCAAUAACAAUCUUUUUGGGAAUUUUUUUUAAGUGUUCGUUAUUUGUAUUACGGAAAAGAGCUCUAAAACAAUAUUUAAGAGAAAAAAUAAAAAAUAUAAAGAAGAGAAUGAAUCAUUAA